UUGAGGACGCUGCUGCUUCUCCUAUCCUCUCUUGCAGCAUUCAAUUUUGUCCCUACACUAUCCUCUUCCCACCUAGGAUAUUCUAUUUAUAUAUCCCAUUCUUUUCCAUCCAAUAUUCUAUCCUGUCAUAUUCUAUGUGGGAAAACGUCGUUCAAGAAAUACUUCCAUUUUCAGAGCAGGUGUGGAGAAGCGAGCAGGUGUGUGCGCCAGACUGCUCAGGUGUGGACUCCAUGAUCAGAGUGAGAGACCCCACCGACUGCACCCGGUACUACGUCUGCCUCGACGCCUCUAACAAUGGGGAAAUGAUUGCGUCUAUUGACUCGGUGUCAUGUCCCGACGAUUACUACUUCAAUGAGAGCCACACCGUGCCCCGCUGUGACCCGCUGACCACACUCCCUGACCCCUGCCGGUCAACGUGUGACCCCUGUGUACCGCAUUGUCUCGCCCCCGGCAAGGUCACGCCCCACCCCACCAACUGCUCUCUCUACUACGUGUGCCUGGAUGACAAUCUUCUCCUCGACGCCCACUGUCCACCGGAGACGCGCUUCUUCGACUACCGAUCCGGUGUGUGCACCGACGACAAUAGUGUCUGCUACUCCUACUGCGACCUGUGUGUUCCUCACUGCACCACCCCGGGUGAGCGCGUGCCAGAUCCCUACGACUGUACCAAAUUCCAUCUGUGUGUUGUGGGCGGGAUGGUGAGUUACAUGUGCCCGCAUCACCGGGUGUUCAACAGUGACACGCAGCUUUGUGAAGACAACAUUGAGUGCAUCUCUCCCUGCACGAAUUUGUCUCCAGAAAUGUCAACGGGUGAUGAAUGGUGACAAACUGAGCAUCGCAGUAGUGGAUGUCAUCUGCAAGAUGGCCCGGGUGGAAGGUUCCUUCCUCUCCCACGUCUUUCAGGACUUCACUAUUAAUGUUUCUCUUGCUAGCAUUACUUGUACUUCCACACAGAGUACCACUAAAACUACUACCGGUAGUACAGAGCAUUAUUUUAGUGUUUCAGUAAAAUCACACACACACACACACACACACACACACACACACACACACACACACACACACACACACACACACACACACACACACACACACACACACACACACACACACA